AUAGCAGUUGUGCACUACAGUGAUGAACCAAGGAUAGAGUUCAAACUGAAUGAUUACAAGAACAGGAACUCUGUCCUAAAGGCUCUGAGAGGAGUACACUAUGGAGGAGGCAACACCAAAACAGGGAAGGGUAUGAGCUACGUUCUGAAGGAGCUGUUCCAAGAAUCUCUGGGGAUGAGGCAGGAGGUGCCUCAUGUCUUGGUGUUGCUGACAGAUGGCCGGGCCGUGGACGAUGUGGAGCAACCCUCCAGGAUCGCACAGGCUUAUGGUGUGAGUGUGCUGGCCAUCGGGGUGGCCAAUGCAGACAUGGACGAGCUGAAGAAGAUAGCAUAUCCAGCCAGCUACCAGAACAUCUUCUACGCCAGGGACUUUGAUGACUUCUCCUCCAUAGAGAGAGAGUUCAUCAGCAACAUCUGCAGCGAGGCGCUGCUCUCCGAGUUCAGACAACACGACGAGUCUGCCCAGCUGGACACUCCAACUGAUGACCCUGAUGAGCUGACCAAACCCCAGGGCCCCUGCUCCUUACAGUGCAAGGGGCAGAAAGGUGAAAAGGGAGAUGGCUCUGGUAAUGGUGGACUGAGACUCCAGCAAAACACUGCGAUGUUUGAGUCAAUUGGCCUCAAGUCCAAAGGAGAGAAAGGAGAGAGAGGACUUCCUGGAACAGAUGGUGUCCCCGGGUUGCCAGGACGACCAGGACGAACCGGACCCCCAGGUUCAGCCGGACAACGGGGUUUAGAAGGUGUUCCAGGUGAUCUGGGGCCUCCUGGUAUCACUGGUCCAAAAGGCCAGAGAGGAGAGAGGGGGGAGCCUGGGUAUGUCAUAGGGGGCAUAGGAGACGGCCAUUAUGCUCCUGGACGAAAGGGAGAGCCUGGAUCAUCAGGACCCCAAGGGGCUCCGGGUGUACCAGGGGUCUCUGGACCCUCAGGCCUGCCUGGACAGUCAGGUUCACCUGGGUCCUCAGGGAUAUCUGUUAAGGGGGAACAUGGGGAGGCAGGUGCUAAAGGUUUGCGUGGGAAAGCAGGGGCCAAAGGAGACAAAGGAGAUCAUGGUAAAGAUGGCCAAGCAGGGUUACCUGGUCCCAUUGGAAUUGAUGGUGUUCCAGGCUUCCCAGGUCAAAUGGGAUAUAAGGGAGAGGAGGGGAUCGGGGUUCCCGGUGUCCAGGGGCCUCGUGGAGAGCCAGGGGAGAAGGGAAAUAUAGGCCUAUCAGGACCUGAGGGACUAAAGGGAGAGGCUGGUGUUCAAGGGAUACAAGGGGUUGUCGGACCACGGGGGAAGAAGGGAGUGAAAGGCAUCCAAGGGGAUAAGGGCGAUCGAGGAGAGGUGGGGCCUAUGGGAACACAGGGAGUGACAGGCUUUGCGGGGGCUCUUGGCCAGAAGGGUGAUGAGGGACGGAGAGGAGUUCCUGGUGACCCAGCCAAAGGGAUCCUUGGUCCCACAGGAAAGAAGGGUACCAGGGGUGACAUUGGUCCCAUCGGUCCGACUGGACCCCAGGGAGUAAAAGGGGUCCAAGGAGUCAAAGGAGAGAAGGGUAGUCCUGGGUUCGGCAUUCCUGGACAGCAGGGACCAAAGGGAGAAAACGGUGAAAGGGGAAAUGUUGGCUUGUCUGGGAAACCUGGACCCAAGGGGCACGAUGGCUCUAAAGGGGCAGGGGGAACUGUUGGGGUCCCCGGGAAUCCCGGAGCACCAGGACUAAGAGGUAAAGAUGGUGUGCCUGGAAUCAAAGGAGAAUCAGGACUACGGGGAGAGCAGGGACCAGCGGGUGAGCCUGGUGAGAGAGGAACAAGGGGCCCUCUGGGGUUACCGGGACGACCAGGGGACCCAGCAGAGAAAGGAGAUACCGGGAACAUUGGUUUGCCUGGAACGGAGGGAAAGAAAGGAGAGCCUGGAAAACCAGGACCUCCGGGAGGCGCGCAAUUCAGUUCAGACAACAAUAUCCUGACUAGGGUGAUCAAGGGUGAACCAGGACAUCCCGGAGAGCCCGGUCUCAGAGGGGAGACAGGUCUGCCUGGACAAAGGGGUCCUGAUGGAAAACCAGGAUCUCCAGGAACGGGAGGGUCUGUGUCAGGGAGAGAUGGUCUGGAUGGGUUACCAGGAAAACCUGGAUCCAAGGGUGACCCAGGAAAGACAGGCGAGGCAGGAACGAGGGGAGAGAAAGGAGACCAAGGCAGGGUGGGGAUUGCUGGAAUGCCUGGUUUACCUGGGACCCCAGGUAGACCUGGCAUUGAUGGAAGAGAGGUCUGGCUGGAAAAGAUGGAGAGCAAGGACAAAGAGGAGAUGAUGGCAAAAAAGGGUGAUACAGGUGAAUCGGGAACUGAGGGUAAAAAAGGGGAAUUGGGUGCUCCGGGCCACCUGGUACCCAUGUUCUGGUUACUCAACAAGAGGGGUUCUUCAAUAGGCAUCCUACGUGGUUUAUUUGACCCCACCAAGUAA